GCAACUUACCAAUUCAUGCUGAGUUUUUGAAUAAUAAUAUAAUUAUUUGGACUCUGUUUGGAUACGUCACUGAUACUCAUAAAGAAAAGGCAACCAGAAGAACAAGAAACCGCCGAAGAUUCGAAUAUAUAUUUACAGGAAUUGGGCGCUUGAAUCGAAUUGGGCCAUUCUUGAAUCCGUUUUCUGGCGAUAUUACCCUGUCUCCGAUCUCACUGCAUUGCCUUCCGGCCGGUGAUAUGGCGGCCUCUGCGAGGAUUUGUUGUGGCGGAAGCGGAGGAAUCGUCUGCAAUCGGGGGACGGUGAUCGCUCGAUCGCCGUCGUGCAUGGCUUCGAUUUCCCGCCGCCGGAAUCGUAGGUUGUCCGGGAUCGGAAAGAUCUCAAUGUCGUUGGAGAAAACAGCGGUGAAAUUGGAAAGGAGGGGGAUGAACGGAGGAGGAAGAGACGGCGGAGCCGUCGUGUCGAGGGAAAAGGUCGACGAGUGGAUGAGGGAUUCGGUGGUGGAAAUCGUGAAGAACCUGAGGGAAACACCGUUGUUGAUCAACGUUUACGCCGGAGCGAACGGAUCUCUGACAUCGACGGCGGCGACGGCGGCGGAGGACUGGCCGGUGGUGAAGGGAAGGUGGGAGAGAGGGGAAGAACGGAAGCCGGAGGGCGUGAUAUUCGUGGAGAAGCUCGGCGAAGGUGACGUCGCGGAUCGGGAUGCAACGUGCGUUGAGGACGUCAGCCACGGAGGCGCGUGCGGGGAAGGGACGAGCGCGUGGGGGAUAGUGGCGCAGGGGAGGGGAAUGGACAGUGGGCCGGUUUGCUAUCUGCUGAAAACGACCCGGGUCGGGUCCGGUUUAGGGCCGGUUUGCACGCAUUUCUGUUUGGUUAAGGUGAAGGGAUUUAGGGAAACGGCCAUAUCGCAACUGAACAACUGCUGGUUGGUGCAAUAUGGGCAAUGAAGUAACGGCACACUACACAGCGUGGCCGUGGACUGAUUGAUUUCGUUAGAAGCAGAGGAUCAAAUUAUGUACAUUAUUGGACCAUACAUUCUUAAAUACAUUGAUAUGUUCUUCACUCUUACCCUGAUUAACUAUUGAACGUGUGAACAAUGUGUGUAUUAUUACAUAUAAUGCCAUUGUCAUUAGUGUAUUCAAGCUCA